AUGGCGGUUAUCGAAUCUCGUCCCAAGAUCCGUAUCGGGGUCUUCAUACCCACGGAUUGCCAGCUCUUGGACAUGGCUUGCGUCGACAUCUUCGGCACCAUGAGCUACGAAUAUCUGACUAUUGUCAAGGACCUGGUGCCAGGCCCCCUGAUGAACCUGGCUCCCAGUGUUGAGAUCUCCUGUAACUACUCCCCUACUUUUCCUGUUAUCUUACACAUCUCCGUGGUCCAGCCCGGCGAGCUUAUUCGGCUCACCUCUUCUGCCUCCGUUGCCUGCACGCAUCAUUUCUCCGACCCCAAGAUGCAGCCGGGUAUGCUAGACAUCGUCUUCGUCCCGGGCCCGGACCCGGCCGUUGAUUAUUCCAACCUGAAGGACGCCCUGGACUGGCUCACCGCACACGCUGCCCACCCUGGGACCGACAUCCUGAGUGUCUGUACCGGUGCCUAUCUAUGCGGCGCGGCCGGGGUGUUCAACGGAAAGAAGGCGUCCGGACCGAGAGGGGUGCAAGGCGACCUGGAAAAGAAGUUUCCCGACGUGAAAUGGGUUGGGGGAGUCACCAACGGGAAUGACCUGGUCGCAGCUUACGCUCGGACGACUAGCCGAUUUCCAGGGCCAGUAGUUGAGCUGGCCCUGAUGGCGACGGACACGGGAGACAGGGCGCAGAGAUAUGACACUGGGAAAACUGCGGUAACCUUGGGCGUCUUGUGGCAGGUUCUAAAGGCCAUGCUUAUGGGAGUUGGAAAGACCAAGGAAGCUUGA